UAAGAUUUUCAGUUUCCAUUCGCCGAAAAACCACCGAUUUUGGGCAAAUGUCGGCAUCUUCCAAGUGAAACCAUCAAUAGUAGGAGGUAAGUGUCCUGUUCGCGGCAGUUUUUGUGCAGUUCGUGGUUCAUCCCGGGACACGCGGGAACCCUGACCGGCAACGAUAGCGUGGUUCGCGAUGUGGUACUGUGUCGUGAUCGGUUGUCCGUACGGGUAUGCUCGCGUACUAAAACCCAAGAGCCCUAUUCGGUUUCACGUUUUCCCGCACCCGAUACGGGAAACGGCACGGUUUCGUCAGUGGCUCGAGCUGAUCAACAAUCCGAAACUGUACGACAUGCAGCCGAUAGCCGUGUUCAAAAGCAUGCGAGUCUGCCGGAGACACUUUGACUCCGAUUGCUACAACGGGAGUUGCAAACGGCUGAUUUCGCACGCGUUGCCCACACUCUACCUGGCGGAUGUCGAGGAGCGACCUGUGGCGCUGGUGCAACCGAUGGACACGAUGCGUGGCGAGCUGGCUCGGUUGCUGCAGACCGAACAAAAGCAACAACUGAAGCGACAGAUCAGCACAGAUGACUCAUCAUUUGCGGACGGCGGAGGACCUGGAAAACGGUCCCGGUUGGGUUCUGUGGUUCCCAUGGAUUCGGUUCCGCUUGGAUAUGCGGUUGAGCAAGAAGCACAGUGUCCCAGCCAGGAGGAUGAGUUUGUGAACGAUAUUAUCGAGUUUCAGGAGGAGUAUCUCGAGGAGGAAGAGUACGAUGAAGCAUCACUGACCAAUGACUCGAAACUAUCUUCCUCCGCGGUCUGCGCAACGGAAUUCGGUAUGACUAGCUUUAGCGGGCUCAUUCAGGAUGAGCUCGGCGAUCUGAAUCAGGUCGAGAUACUGAACGAACCACCAGAAACGUUGCUAAACGAUUCGUUCGUGAGUGGGGAUCCAGACCGGUUGCCGAUCGAGAAGCAGUACGAGCAGCUGGUACGGGAAUUUGCCACCGACGGUACCAACGAAGAUGAACCGUUUUACUUGAAUGACGAGGCGCAACCGCGGUCGAAUGUAGUCAAAUUUCGGUGUAGUUCCAGCUCCACGGAAUCCAGCAGCAAUGAGUUCUGCAGAGCUCCACUGAAUGAGGAGUUCUUCCAGAAGUGUCGCAGCGAGUUCUACGACUGCCCAAAGAAUGUGCUCGCCCAGAAUGUUUGCACCCGGAUAGACCCGUUCGAUGCGUGUUUGUCGCGGAAAACGCUGGAGAACACGCAGCACGUGUUCACGUACAAGAUCGAGAAUGAGGGCAAACCGCUGACGAACCAGAAAAGCUCGGGCCGUUGCUGGCUGUUUGCGGCGCUCAACUGCAUCCGCAUUCCGUUCAUCAAGCAGUACAAUCUGGACGAGUUCGAGUUUUCGCAGGCGUACCUGUUCUACUGGGACAAGAUCGAACGGGCGAACUACUUCCUUAACAACGUGGUCGACACGGCGAAGCGUGGCGAAGCAGUCGACGGUCGGUUGGUCUCUUUUCUGCUGUCCGAUCCGACCUGCGAUGGUGGCCAGUGGGAUAUGCUGGUCAAUCUGAUCAACAAGCACGGGCUGAUGCCGAAGAAGUGUUUCCCGGAGAGCUACAGCUGUGAGGCGAGCACUCGUAUGAACUCGGUCAUCAAGAGCAAGCUUCGCGAAUACGCCAAGGAUCUGCGUCAGCUGGUGGCUGACGGUGCGACUGACGAGGAGAUCACGGAGAAGAUCCGGAAGCAGAUGAACGAGAUCUACAAUGUUGUUGGCAUUUGUCUCGGUAUACCGCCGGAAAAGUUCACGUGGGAGUGCUACGACAAGUCCAAGAAGUAUCUAACGAUCGGACCGAUCCGACCGAUAGAUUUUUACGAAAAGUACGUCAAACCGUACUUCAACGUGGAUGAUAAGGUAUGCCUGGUGACGGAUCCUCGCAGCUCGAACCUGUACGGACGGUCGUACACUGUCGACUGUCUUGGCAAUGUGGUCGGUGGUCGGCCAGUACUCUACAACAAUCAGCCGGUGGAGUUGCUGCUCGAUCUCGUCACGAAGGCACUCAAAUUCGGUGAACCGGUCUGGUUUGGAUGUGAAGUUAACAAGCGUUUCGCUGGCAAGCAAGGUAUCGAGGACCUAAAUAUACACGACUUUAAGCUGGUCUUUGGUGUGGAUAUUCAAACCACGAUGGAUAAGGCUGAUCGACUGUUGUACGGUGAAUCGAUGAUGACACAUGCCAUGGUUUUCACCGGUGUUUCGGUGGAUCCCAACAGUCAAAAACCGACCAAGUUCCGCGUGGAAAACUCCUGGGGUGAGGAUCGUGGCGAGAAGGGUUACCUAAUUAUGUCGGCCGAUUGGUUCAAGGAGUUCGUCUUCGAAGUGGUGGUCGACCGUAGCAUAGUCAGCCAGGACGUGCUGGAUGUCUUUGAUCUCCCGCCCAUAGUGCUACCCGCCUGGGAUCCAAUGGGCACACUGGCCAAGUAGAGCGUGCUGCCACGGCAUUAUCGUGCGCAUGGCCUGUUUCGUUUCAUAGAAAAUAGAUUAUCAUAUUUUGCAAUACCACCAGCUCCAUGGGCGGUCCUCACAGUGUAGGAGUUUGACUGAGGAUAAGUGUGUCCAGGGGUGGUGGCCGGUGUGGCCAUGCUAAUGCUUCGCAUUGCUUCGCAAUAGAACAGACACAGCGGCAAAGAACUGGAGCUGGAUAGAUGAAGACUGCUGCAGCGUCUGAAACCCGUAUCAGAUCACACACAUACACAACACAAACGACUCUCGAAUGCACUAGCUUGGGCCCGCCGGUACACGUGCAUGCACGCAACGCAUCGCACGAAUCGAACGCGCCGAUUCGUACGUAUCCUGCCGCGGAUUGAGCAGGUGCAGAUGAAACAAUUGUGAAUAAUAACAAAAAAUAUUACUUUUUAUACACGAAAAAGGAAUCGAAAAAAAGAACCUUGCAUAAAAGAAACC